AUGGACUCGAAAGCAUGCAAGACAUUGCUCAACACCGCCGAGAUCCUUGAGGCACUCCUGCUCCAGGCGGACCCCAAGACUGUCUUGCUCGCUCGGCGAGUCUGUGUGAAAUGGAACGACUUAAUCUCCAACUCUCCAUCCAUCCAGCAGCACUUGUUCUUUCGGCCUAUCCCGGGCACGACUCCCGUGGUCCUCAACCCAAUUCUCGCCGAGGCCUUCCCACCCUUCUUCCAACGCGCGGCCCCUGCCGGGACUGACUAUGAAGUGUCUGCGCCUGCUAAGCGUCUCAAGCCAGAAGCGUUGGCCCGACGGAUGCGGCAAACGUUCUCCUUCAAUGUGACUCUCCAAGACCCAUACGUCUCCAUCUACGGGGCACCCUACGAUGAGGAGCCCGACGUCCAUCCACACUUUACACCCGAGGACUUGGAAGGCCUCCCGCUCGCCCAGGACCACUGCAACGCCGCCUUCCGCUACGAACGAGCUACCUGGAGAGCGAUGCUCCCAUGCCAGCCUCCGCUCACGUCUUUCAUCUGCCUGACGAAGGAGGAGUCCAUGGGGUUCGAAGGACAAGGCUUCCGUCGCAUCAGUGAGAAUGGGGCUGUGAUCCUUGACGAUGGUGGUGAGGUGCCAGAAGGCAAGGAAGACCCAGGGCAGGGCGCUCCAGUGCGCAUGGAGACUCUGUUCCACCUAGUGACGGGUGGCUGGGGUGAUGUGAAUGGUUGGGUAUGGAUAUGGGCCACCGAAGGUUUGGAGACGCCGAUUCCAAAGGACGUGGGGUUCAGUGUGAUCAAUGAGGCACGGAGAGAGAUUAUGAAGCGGGCUGUGCAGCGCGACGGUUUGUGUCUACUCGAGACCAGCGUGACACAAUGUACAGGCGGCCGCGGGCCAUGGUCUUUCGACAACAAAUUCCGAGUCAAACCUCCCUACAAUCAGCCCUGGUGA